CCACUCUGGAUGGUACCCAGGCCUUCCCGAAAGCCUUAACUGAGAGGUCUGCGCUACACUCACGCCCAAAUUAUCAGUCGCUAUGCCGCACUUAGCAAGCUCUUUAGCUGCCAUCGUAUUGUUGUCCGCUGGAUGGAUUGUUUACAAGUUUCUCAUUGCCCCGAGAUACAACCCACUCCGAAGGUUGGCAGGCCCUCCCGUCUCGGGAUUCUGGGGAAACCACUUAGGUUUCGUCCUUGAUCCGGCACGCUCACCUAAAACACACGAGUUACUGGUCGAACAUUAUGGACGGAACGUUCACAUACGAGGCAUGGGACCUUGGGAUGAUCGUCUCUUGACCCUCGAUCCGCUCGCCAUGAGUCAUAUUAUGAAGAAUAGCACCAUAUACCAGAAACCAUGGCAGUCCCGCCGUCUUAUCACGAACCUGAUUGGAUGUGGGAUGCUUGCUGCUGAGGGCCAGGUACAUAAACGGCAAAGGCGCGUAGCGACGCCCGCCUUCGGCGUACAGAAUAUGCGCUCGCUCGUUCCGGUUGUGUUUCGCAAAGGCGGACAACUACGUGAUCGUUGGAUGACUAUCAUUCAGAAGCAGAAAUUGGCGAACGACGUACGCCUGGACGUGGCGAUGUGGAUCAGCCGGGCCACAUUCGAUGUCAUCGGACUUGCGGGCUUUGACUACCAUUUCAAUGCAAUCGAGGACGAGUCGAACGAGUUGUUUACAGCCUACAAGGAUAUGUUUGAGAUCGCCAUCUCACAGAGCCAAGGACGUCGGAGUGUGUUGAGUCUCUAUCUCCCAAUUAUUGACGUCCUCUUCCCGGAUAAAGCUGUGAAAGUUGUACGCAAGAGCCAAGCGGUUAUUAAACGCGUUGCGGGGGAGCUCAUUCAACAGAAGAAGCGCAGAAUGGUUGAAGGAGAGAGGGCGGGGAAACCGUAUGAAGGGCGUGACCUCCUGUCUGUACUCUUGAAGUCCAAUGCCGCCGCUGAUCUGCCCCCCGAACAGCGCAUCUCCGACGAAGAUAUCCUCAACAAUAUCAAUACGUUUAUGUUUGCUGGUUCGGACACGACGUCUCUAGCGUUGACUUGGACGCUGCUAUUGCUAGCUCAGAACCAGGCUGUCCAAACUCGACUUCGCGCUGAAUUACUCCGCCUGGCGGCUUCUGUUCCGGAUUUGUCAUCCCUGAAUGAGGAAGAAAUGCAAUCAUUGCACACCGCAAUAGCCAACCUUCCAUACCUGGACAAUGUGUGUAAGGAGAGCCUGCGAUUGAUCCCACCGGUCCACUCUUCGUUACGUGUCGCCACGCAAGACGACAUCGUGCCCAGCUCAACACCGGUGAAGAUACGGAAGCCUAAUGGUACAAUAGCAGAGAGCCCCGAGCGCUCUGUGCAUGUGCCAAAAGGCUCCUUUGUGCACGUUCCCGUGGAGGCCUUCAAUCUCGACAAGGAAGUCUGGGGCUCAGAUGCGUGGCAGUUCAACCCCGAUCGCUGGGAUCACUUGCCUGAAGCUGUCCACGAACAACCUGGACUUUACGCAAACAUCCUCACUUUCUCAGCAGGACCUCGAUCAUGUAUUGGAAUGCGCUUCUCCAUGAUCGAGAUGAAAACGUUCAUGUAUAUUCUAUUGACCGACUUCGUUUUCCGCGAGACCGAGGAAAAGAUCAUCAAAGCCAAUGUAGUGUUAACACGCCCUUACGUCAAGGGCAAGUUUGGGCAAGGCAGUCAGUGCCCAAUGCUAAUUUCGCCAUAUGUAGCCGAGAAAUCGUCGUAGGACCAGUAGUAGUAGUAUAUAAGUAGCCUACGCGCC